AGGUGUUUGUCCCUUCUCCGGGCGUUGUUCUAGUCAGAAGUUAUUUUUUGUAUUGUGCGUGAUGGUGCGUUCGAGUGAGGGUGCUGGCAGCAGCAGCAGCAGCAGCAGUCCGGUACUGGUCGAGGUGCUUGGGGAUCGCGUUGGCUGGGGCCUGGGUGCUGGGAGCCGAUGGACGACCGGUGGGGUGACUGAGGCGCGUCAGGGCGUCCUGUUGCUGCUGGGUGCCGCCUUUCUCGUCUGCUGUGUGGUGGUGUACCGUGAGCGCUAUCGGCGCCUGAUCCGACACAUCGAUCGCAUACCGGGACCGGCCGCCCUGCCCAUUCUCGGGAACGCGCUGCUCAUUAACGCCAAUCGCGAAGAGCUAUUCAAUCGAAUCAUCGGCGCCCGGAAGCUGUACGGUCGGCACGACGGUAUCAGCCGCAUCUGGAACGGGCUCACGCCAUACGUGCUGAUCUCGAAGGCGGCGGCAGUCGAGAAAAUACUCAGCAACAGCAGAAACAUCGAGAAGGGCCGGGACUACGAGUUCCUGCAGCCGUGGCUCGGUACGGGCCUGCUGACCAGCCCGGCCCGCAAGUGGCAGUACCGGCGCAAAAUCCUGACACCCACCUUCCACUUCCGCAUCAUGGCCGACUUUGUGGACGUGUUCAACCAGCAGGCGGCCGUCCUGGUGCAGAAGCUGGCCACCGAGCUCGAUUCGCCCGCCACCGGGUUCGACUGCGUGCGCUACGUCACGCUCUGCUCGCUCGACAUCAUCUGUGAGACGGCCAUGGGUUGCCCGGUGUACGCUCAGCAGCAACCGGACUCGGAGUACGUGAGGGCGCACGAGAAGAUUGGCGAGAUCAUGCUGAAUCGGUUGCAGAAGUUCUGGCUCCAUCCGGACUGUAUCUUCCAGCGCACCGGCCAGCACCGCGAGCAGCAACGGUGCAUCGACACGCUGCACCGCUUCUCCUACCGCAUGAUCGACCAGCGGCGCUCGAUGCUGCUCCACUCGCCCAAAGCCUCCCCCAAGGGUUGUGAGCCCGAGACCGAGCCCGCGCUCGAACGGAGGGACCACGAUGGAGGGCGGAAGCGUAACCGGCAGCUUGCCUUUCUCGAUCUGCUGAUCGAUGCAUCGGACGGUGGGCGGCUACUGACGGACGAGGACAUCCGGGAGGAGGUGGACACGUUCAUCCUGGGCGGGCACGAUACGACCGCGACCGCCAUCUCCUGGACGCUCUACCUGCUCGGCACGGAACCGGCGGUACAGGAGCGUGCACUGCAGGAGCUGGACUCGGUGAUGGGCGGUGACCGGGACCGGGUGCCGACGAUGCACGAGCUGACCGAGAUGCGGUACCUGGAGGCGUGCAUCAAGGAGGGUUUGCGGCUGUUCCCCAGCAUCCCGGUGAUUGGCCGCCGGUUAACGGAGGAUGUCGUGCUGGAGGAAGGUGGCCACCGGUUACCGGCCGGCACGAACGCCAUCAUCGUCGUCUACCAGCUGCACCGCGAUCCGGCCUUCUUCCCCAACCCGGAACGCUUCGAACCGGAACGGUUUCUGGUGAGCGAAACGGCGGUCGUGAGCCGAGACCAUGGUGGCGGUCGGUACCGUCACCCGUUCGCCUACAUCCCGUUCAGUGCUGGACCGCGGAACUGUAUCGGGCAGAAGUUUGGGGCGCUCGAGGCGAAGGCAGUGCUGUGUGCGAUCCUGCGCCACUAUCGCAUCGAGGCGAUCGAUCGGCGCGAGGAUCUUACACUUUACGGUGAGCUGGUGUUGCGCUCGAAGGGAGGCCUCCGGAUACGCAUCAGCCGGCGGCAGUAAGGAUUGGCCACUCCGGUCACUUCCUCG